CGAGACAGAAACAUGAAAGCAAUCAGCUUGAGCCUGCUGCUUCUGAGCCUGGCCUCUGCAGUCUACUGUAUGCCACUGUCCACCAUUACUGAGCAAGAACAGGACUUUGCACUGGAUUAUCUCAAGAAGUUCUACAACCUGACAGAAGAAACAGGUCCAACAGUCAGACGAGGCAUCGACCCUGUCACCAAAAAGCUAAGGGAGAUGCAGAAGUUUUUUGGACUCAAGAUCACCGGGACCCUCGAUGAAGACACUAUGACCAUGAUGAAGAAGCCUCGCUGUGGUGUGCCCGAUGAGAAAGUGGCACGAUUUUCCAUAUUUGGGGAAAAUCUGAAAUGGCAGAAAAACGAUCUUACGUACAGAAUUGAGAACUACACUCCAGACAUGACCAGAGCACAAGUUGAUGAUUCCAUUGAAAAAGCUCUACAAGUCUGGGCCAAAGUCACUCCCCUGACGUUCACCCGGAUCUACAGUGGAACUGCCGACAUCAUGAUCUCAUUUGGACGCUACUCCCAUGGAGACUACUACCCCUUCGACGGCCCUGAUGGCACACUGGCCCAUGCUUUUGCUCCUUCUUCCGGUAUCGGAGGAGAUGCACAUUUUGACGAUGACGAGAACUUCACCUAUCGUUCAACUUCAGGCUAUGUGCUGUUUAUGGUGGCUGCCCAUGAGUUUGGUCACUCUCUGGGCCUGUCCCAUUCUACAGACCCGGGCGCUCUCAUGUACCCCACCUACUCCUACAGAAACCCAGACACCUUUGCUCUGCCCCAGGAUGAUGUCAAAGGCAUCCAGUCUCUCUAUGGACCAAACCCAGACAAAGACUCCGGUUCAGGCUCCGACCCCCUGCCCCCCACCACUCCCAACUCAUGUGACUCCAGACUGGUGCUGGACGCUGUGGCCACCCUCAGAGGAGAAAUGCUCUUCUUUAAAGACAGCUUCUUCUGGCGUAACUACCCUCAGAGUAACCAGCUUCAGCAGACCCUUAUCAACAACUUCUGGCCUGACGCUCCCUCCAGUGUGGACGCUGCUUACGAGAGCCAGGAAACAGACAGAUUAUACCUCUUCAAAGGUCAUCAGGUUUGGGCCUUCAGUGCUUACGAUCUUGAGCCAGGUUACCCAAAAUCCAUCUCCAGCUUUGGUUUUCCCAAAACAGUGAAGAAAAUAGACGCUGCCUUGUACGACGUCGCGACCCGCAAGACUCUGUUCUUUGUUGGCACUCAGUUUUACAGUUACGAUGAGAUCAGCAAAAGAAUGGAGCAGGGAUAUCCUAAAAAUGCGGAUGAGAAGUUCUCCGGUCUGACCACCAAAGUCACUGCUGCGUUCCAGUACAGAGGGUUCACGUACAUCUACAGUGGGCCGUUCAUGCUGGAGUACAGUCUGAGGAGUGGGCAUCUGUUCAGAAUGCUCGGGAACAACUACUUCCUGCCAUGCAUCACCAACUAGAACCUUCCAACGAUGAAGUGAAAUAACAGUAUAAAUGUGUUUGCACUGAUCAACAGAUGAAACGCAC